AUGGCUCCCAGGACAGGUGCUGAAGCCCCUCUAGCAUCUAGGCUAUCUUUGGGGGUUGACUCUCGUGCUGCCCCCCCAACACUACUUCUGACCCUGUUUGUCUGUGUGCUGGUGACUUGGCUCGAGGCUGCUAAAAUCACUGUGGGGCUGCACGCCCCUUGGAAUAUCUCGUAUCCAUUCAGUGUGCAGAGGCUGGGCGCAGGCCUCCAGAUUGCCUUGGACAAGAUCAAUGUGGAACUGGCAGACCUGGGGAACUACAGCUGGGAGUUCACUUAUACCAACUCAGCCUGCAGUGCCAAGGAAUCUCUGGCUAUUUUCACCUACCAGGUCCAGAGAGAACAGAUUUCUGCCCUGUUUGGACCAGCUUGUCCAGAAGCAGCAGAGGUUAUUGGUUUGCUGGCCUCUGAGUGGAACAUCCCUGUGUUUGACUUUGUUGGAAAAACAACAAAGCUGGAGAAUGGCUUCCUGUAUGACACCUAUGUGACACUUGUGCCAUGCAUGCGGACAGUGGGUGAGGUGCUCCAGAAAAGUCUCCAGUACCUGGGCUGCAAACGCAUUGGGGUGUUUGGUAGUCACCAUCGGGCUUCUGCCCGGGAUGGAGUGGAUGGGUUGUGGAGGGUUGUCGAGAAUGAACUCAAAUCUCAUUUCACCAUCACUGCCAGUGUGAGGUGUACCAGCAACGAGCCAGCCCUCCUUCAGGAGAGUCUUAGGAGCAUGUCAUCCACAGCCAGGGUUAUCAUCUUAAUCUGCAGCUCAGAGGAUGCAAAUGUUGUUCUGCAGGCUGCCGAGGACCUGGGCUUCAACAAUGGGGAAUUUGUCUUCAUCGUUUUGCAGCACUUGGAGGACAGUUUUUGGAAGGACGCAUUGACAAGUCAGAGGGUGACACGCUUCCCCAAGGUCUAUGAGUCGGUGCUGCUCAUCGCCCUCAGCACCCAUGGAGAAGGCCCCGGAGAAAAAUUCAGGACAGAAGUCUACCGAAGACUGCGGCAGCCGCCCUUCCACAGCGCCAUCUCCAACGAGCGGCAGGUGAGCCCCUACUCGGCCUACCUUCACGACGCGGCCCUCCUUUACGCUCAGAUGGUGAAGGACAUGCUUGGAGCCGGGAGAGAUUUCCGGGAUGGGCGGCAGCUGGUCAGCACCCUGAAAGCUUCCAAUCGGACAGUAUUGUGGGGAGUCACUGGCCCGGUGUUUGUGGACUACCAGGGAGAACGGUGCAUGGAUUACUUUGUCUAUGCUCUACAGAAAUCUGGAAACAGGUCCCUCUUUCUUCCUUUUCUUCAAUAUGACAGCUCUCAGAAAGCAAUCAGGCCCAUAAGGGAUUUCUCCAAUAUUACCUGGCUCCAUGGCUCCCUUCUUGAAGACAGACUUGGCUGUGGGUUUGACAGCGAGAUCUGUGCAUCUGUGCCUAUGUUCACAGAUGUGGCUGCUGUGAUGCUCGCCAUAGCCCUCCUGGUUCCUGUGCUGGGAGCCGUCAUCAUAGGUGUGACUUUAAGGACGCAGAAGGGAAAACUACAGAGGCAAAAUAAAGACAUCUGGUGGCAAAUCAAUUACAGUGACAUCACCUUUCUGCCCCAGGCAUCCCAAAGGAGCACCCCUGUGUCGAGAGGGAACAGUAGUAGCUCGUCGAGUGUAAUGGUGUCCGGGGAUAUCAGCUCCUUCGUCAAGAGCCGACAAGAAGGAGAGCUCUUUUAUGCCCCAGUAGGGCUUUACCAGGGAACCCUUGUGGCUAUUCGCUAUGUUGGUGACCAAGCAGAAGCCUGGGUUAGGAAGCCAUCUGUGCUGCACGAAAUCCGAUUGAUGUAUGAACUAAGGCAUGAAAACAUUGUUCCCUUCUUUGGUGUUUGCACAGAACCACCCAAUAUCUGCAUUGUCAGCCAGUAUUGCAAAAAAGGGAGUCUUAAGGAUGUUUUGAGAAACUCAGAUACUGAAAUGGACUGGAUAUUCAAACUCUCAUUUGCAUAUGAUAUAGUCAAUGGCAUGCUGUUCCUCCACAGGAGCUCGCUGGGUUCCCAUGGUAACCUGAAGCCUUCCAACUGCCUGGUGGACGGUCGGAUGCAGGUGAAGCUGUCAGGAUUUGGGCUGUGGGAACUCAAGUACGGCCAGACAUACAGAACAUACCAGGAGAAAUCCUUGGACCACACGGAGCUCUACUGGACAGCCCCAGAGCUGCUGCGGCUCCCAGAGGCACCCUGGUCAGGCACCCCAAAGGGAGACGUUUACAGCUUCGCCAUUCUGAUGAGGGACCUCCUCCAUCACCCCGGCCCAGGGCCUUUUGAGCAUCUCAAUGAGAGACCAGAUGAAAUCAUCAGACAAAUCAAAGACCCGGCAGCAUCAGUUCCACUUCGACCUUCCCUGGCAGAGGAGAAGGGCAAUGAAAAGUUCAUGGUCAUGGUAAGGGCAUGUUGGGAUGAGUCUCCGGAGAAAAGGCCUACUUUCCUUUCUAUCAAGAAAAUUUUACGAGAUGUCAGUCCCAAAGGCCAUGUGAAUAUACUAGACAGCAUGGUGAGCAAGCUGGAAGUAUAUGCCAAUCACCUGGAGGAGGUGGUGGAGGACAGGACCAGACAGCUGAUGGCAGAGAAGAGGAAGGUGGAUAAGCUUCUGUCCACAAUGCUGCCCAGCUUCAUCGGAGAACAACUCAUAGCGGGAAGGUCUGUGGAGCCGGAGCAUUUUGAGUCUGUGACCAUCUUUUUCUCUGACAUUGUUGGAUUCACAAAACUGUGUUCUCUCAGUUCCCCUUUGCAAGUUGUGAAGCUCCUGAAUGAUCUGUACAGCUUAUUUGAUCACAUCAUUGAGCCCUAUGAUGUAUAUAAGGUUGAAACCAUUGGGGAUGCAUACAUGGUGGCCAGUGGGCUUCCCAUCCGCAACGGCAUGCGGCACGUGGACGAGAUCGCCACCAUGUCCCUGCACAUCCUCAGUGCAGUUGUCCACUUCCAGAUCGGGCACAUGCCUGAGGAGAAACUCAAGCUCAGGAUUGGCCUCCACACAGGCCCAGUGGUGGCUGGUGUGGUGGGCACCACCAUGCCCAGAUACUGUCUGUUUGGAGACACUGUGAACAUGGCAUCCCGAAUGGAAAGCAGCAGUUUGCCUCUCCGGAUUCACGUUUCUCAGAGCACUGCAGGAGACCUGCUGGCCUCUGGAAGGUAUGAUUUGCAAAAGAGAGGCACCAUUCUAGUCAAGGGCAAAGGCAAACAAACAACUUUCUGGUUGAGAGGCAAGGAAGGCUUCACUAUUCCACUCCCUGCAUUUGCUGAGGAGGAAGAUAAAGUCCCAGAAAUCUUCUGAGGGCACACAGACAGAGCAUCAAGGCACAUGGCAG